UUCUCUAAUUGAACGCUAGGUUCAUAAUCAGGCCUGAGCGUUCUCAAUCUGCAGCACUGUCUGAUCAUUGGAUAGACUAGCUAAGAGUGUGGUUCUACACGAUAUGAAGUUAUACAGUCCCUUAUGCGUCGCUCUUCUCCUGGGGAUCGUCCAAGGAGAGGUCCUGAGCAAUUUUAUUCGUCACUACGAGCCUCUCAUCUACGACAGCGAGUCGUUGCUAUGGAACCAUCACAGAGUGAGACGCAGUAUGGUGGGGGAGAGGUCUCUACAACUACAGUUCACUGCCUUUGGAAGACAUUUCAACCUGCUGUUGAAACCUGAGACCCGUUUCUUUCACAACAACUUCACCCUGACCAUUGACGGACAGAAAUCAAGCAGUCAAUUGGCCAAAAUCCAUCUGUACAGCGGCAUUGAUCAAAAUAACUCUUCUGUUCGUGUCUAUGGCAACCUGGCUCACGAGGUGUUUGACGGAACGAUUAUUGCCGAUGAGGAGAUGUACCAUAUUGAACCCUCGCGCAGAUAUCUUCGAGAUGCAAGUCACCACAGUGUUAUUUAUCGGCACUCCGAUCUCGACCUCUCCACUGUUGCCGGGGCAACCUGUGGCUCCUCCAAUGAAGCCAUACGCAGGGAGCUCCUACAAUUGCAAGACUUGGUCAUCCGUAGUGCUGAGUCAGCAAGACUUCAGAAACGCCAGACAAGGUUCGAUUCCACUCUGGUUAGAUGUUGGCUGUAUGCGAUUGCUGAUUAUAAAUUUGUGGCUGCUUUGGAAGCAGCUGGAGACAAUCCACUGGGCGUAAUGUCAACUAUUAUAUUGACGGGUAGCAGAAUUUUUGAGCGUACCGACUUUGACAGUGACGGGUUGGCUGACGGCAUUCAUUUUGGUCUUCUUGGUAUGGAGGUCGAGAACACUCCUCCCGCUAGUGGCUCUUUCUAUGAUAACCAGGAUAUUGGUGUACAAGCAUUUCUCAACGAGCACUCCACUGCUGAUUGGUCGCAGUACUGUCUGAGUUAUCGGUUCACUAGUCGUGAUUUCGAUGAUGGUGUUGUAGGAUUGGCGUAUGUGGCACCACAGCCUGGAGUCAAUGCAGUAGGUGGUAUCUGUGAGAACAUUCAGACCUUCUCUGGAGAUGGUGUGACCCAGUCCCUGACCCUCAAUACUGGGAUUGUGACCAUCUUAAACUACAACGCUCGCAUUCCUUCUCCCAUCUCUGCUCUCACCUUCGCUCACCAGGCAGGACACAACUUCGGCUCAACACAUGACCCCCGUGCGGACCCCCCUGACGCUGGCGGACUGUACAUAAUGGAUGCCUUCUCCUCAGACGGAAGUCAACCCAACAACAAUCUAUUCUCUCCACGCAGUCGAGCUGAGAUGCUGGCAGUCAUUCGUGAUCGUGGGCAGAGCUCCAGAAGCGGUUGCUUUGUUCCAGCAGACAGUCUGUGUGGCAACAAUCUCCUGGAUGAGGAGGAGGGGGAACAAUGUGAUUGUGGUCCCCUAGUGAAUAGUGACGGUAUCUGCACUGACAACCCGUGCUGUAAUGGCACUUCUUGUCUACUGAAUAUGAACGUCGAGUGUAGUCCCCAGCAAGGACCCUGCUGCAAUGCAUCCACGUGUAUGUUCGUAGAGGCGGCUGCUAACAUGACAUGCUCCAUGGAAACAGACUGCGCAGCUUCUCAGACAUGCAGUGGGACUAACGCAUCAUGUCCUGCCCCCGACCCCCUCACCAAUGAACCCGGCCUCAGCUACCGACUGUGUAUGAAUGGAGAGGCCAUCUGUGACAAUGGAGGUAGAGAGAUGGUCGCUCCUGAGCAGAGGGGGUGGGGUGUCGGACAAAGAGCAUUUUGCGUAAAUGGGGGAAAUUGGUCUAGAAAAGAAGAUUUUGCAAGUCUCUGUACCACAAUUGCAACUGAAGCUAUCCUUGAGUUCUGUACAGGGACGUACUGUGUUGUCCUGGGGCUACCCGACUGUGAGUGCAGUGCUGUAGAGCAAGCGUGUCAUGUCUGUUGCCGUUUCCCCGAUGGUAAUUGCACCUCGACACUCAAUAUGGCGGCAGAAGAUAUUCAAGGCCGUGCCGCUGACCUCCCGGGAGGAAUGGGCGCCAAUAAACAAAUGGGCUUUCCUUGUGUCAAUUUCACUGGAUACUGCGAUUUCUUCAAUACCUGCAUGACAGUGAACGAGGAUGGUGCCUGCAAUCAAACCAGCAACUUAAGUACCAGUGCUGUGAUUGGCAUUGUGGUUGGAUCAUUGGCUCUUCUACUUGCUCUAUCGGUGGCCGUCAUUCUGCUGGUUGCUCUGAGGUAUCGGAAGUGUAAAUCAAAGGCCUUGGGUAUCAAUGAAAGUAAACCACCAGAUGUCAGGAGAUCUGAGGAUACUUCAGAGAUGAAGCUUGAAUUAACACCCUUUGAUGCUUAUGGGCCUGUGACAGUCCCCACGCAUGUUGACAGCUAAAGUUAGAUUGUAUAAUUUAUAGUCUUAUAGCUAGCUGAAUAGAAUUAUACAGAGAAUAUCAACUGUAAACACUAGUGGUGUAGAAUGAACUGAUUUAGUUUCAAAGUUUCUCCUCAUAAUAAUUUUUAAUAAUUUUACGUAUAUCAAA